GCCAGCCAGUCGAGAUGUCCUUAGUUUUUUGAUAUGCUCACCGACGUCAGUUCUCGAGUCCCCAGCGGACCGCUCUACUCAGUCUCUAAGCCGGUGACGGAAAUAAACUCAUCGCCAACACCCAAGUCCUGCUCCACAGACAGCUGGCCUACUGAACAGGAGAUAAUGGAACACCCAGGCCUGCGAGGGACACCGUUGGCGAUGCUAGCGGCUCAGUGCAACAAGCUAUCCUCUAAGUCGCCCCCACCCCUGGCAGACGCUGCCGUCGGGAAGGGCUUCCACCCCUGGAAGAAGAGUCCUCAGCCUCCCACGUCCAGCUACAGCCGACCUCCUGUCAGCAGCUGCUCCUACACCUCCUCCGGAGAACUCUGGGGAGGAACAGGAUCCGAACUGGGCAAGGUCGAAGCAGUCUAUAGCAGGCAUCCUUAUGAAGGCUGGAGUCUCGGCCCACACCACGUCAAACCCGAAAACGCUGGCUGGUGGGAAGUGCCGGGUCCGGGUGGCUGGCUCGACAUGGCGCACGGCCAGGUCAACUACGGUCCGGAGUACAGCCUCGGCCUGGGGCCGCAGCACCUGCUCCAGGAUUACAAAGUACUGCCGGGGCAAGGGGCGCCCUUCCUGCCCCCGGCCCCAGCGCCUCAGGCGCCGUCCCCGCGGUCGCAGCGGCGCUACACGGGGCGGGCCACCUGCGACUGCCCCAACUGCCAGGAGGCCGAGCGCCUCGGGCCUGCGGGGGUGCACCUCCGCAAGAAGAACAUUCACAGCUGUCACAUCCCGGGCUGCGGCAAGGUCUACGGGAAGACGUCCCACCUGAAGGCGCACCUGCGGUGGCACACUGGAGAGCGACCCUUCGUCUGCAACUGGCUGUUCUGCGGGAAGCGGUUCACCCGGUCGGACGAGCUGCAGCGCCACCUCCGCACCCACACCGGAGAGAAAAGUAUUGCGGAAGAACCAGCAGAGAAACAGCUGAAGACGUCCGACUGACGGCAAUUGAGCAGCUGAGAUGGGGCUUGAAGCCUCCAUGUACAUACACUAUACAUAUAUAUAUACAUGUAUAUAUAUACACACGUUAUAUAUAUAAAAGUGUAAACAGAGUGAACGUGAAAGAAAGCAUCAUGGACAUUCUUCGAGAUAAAUUAUUUUUGCACAGAAAUAAUUUAUUAAUAUUUAGGAUGUAUUGUUGUAUAGUUAACUAUUUAUAGGAACCUUAUCAUAAAGUUAUUGUCAAUAAUAAAAACAUUUAUAUUUAA